AUGAUCGCCUUGAAGAAACUUUACGGGGACGAACUUCUCCGCCUAGCUUUAGUCCUUAGCCUUUUAAAAGCAAAUCCAGAAGAAUACCUCGAGCUGGAGACACAUCAGCUAGCUGGUCUCCAUAUAUCCAAUGGAUCUGACUGGUCCUUGGAACAUGAAGCCCGGACCUUGAUCAGACCAAGGCAUGUCCAUCCAAAGUCGUUGGACCACAUAUUGGUCAACUACGAAAGACAACUUUUCGAAGAGCUUAACUCUCUUGGUCGUUAUAAUUACUUGGAAAACAAUGAACGGAUAUGGUAUAAUCAGGGUUCGAUUCAUACAUAUUUACUAAAUAAUGUAGCGACGGACACAGUCGCGCCCGGGUUGUCCCAGGAGACGGUCCACGAUGAAACUGUCCAGGACAACGUUUCAUCGGACGACAAUGUAGCUCAGGAGGUGAAGGUUGAAGAAGACAACCAGGACCAACCAGAUGUUGUAGUGACGUUGUCCGCGGAUUUCCUACAAAAUCAUACGGAGUCGGAUAUAUUCGCGGAAAUAUCUAGUCGAUCCUUCGAUGUGAACGAAUUUCUGUUACCGAACGAGAUGCAGAUUAAAAAGGAGCCAGACUCUGAAGAAGACUUGAUUGUGAACGUGAAGCAGGAAAGAGAUGAUGAUCUAUACAGCGAUAAUGCGAUUGAUGACUAUGUACCAUAUUUUUCGGCGAAAUCCGGAAAAUUGGAACUUGGUGAACCAAAUUCAGUGUUUCAUCAGAAUCUAGCAGAUCUUCAGGAUUAUGAAGAAUUGUUUGAUGAUGUGAAGGAACUCAAAAAUGAUUUGGAGUUUCUGGAUGUUAAACAACAGCAAGAGAACCUGGAACAGUACCUUCUGGAAAACACACCUCUGGAUAGUGAAGUGUACGAAUUGGCGCCAAUGUUUGAAGAGGAGUUUGUGGUGGGUGUAAAGAGGGAAAGAGCUAGCACUAGUUUCACUUCCGCGAGCUCUAGCGGAGUGAGCGAGAUGGAUAUAUCGUCUGACAAGGACGUGCCUGAUGUGAAGUUGGAGCCUGAUGAAGGGAACCACAGCGGUGAUGAACUGACUCAAGAGGACAUGGAUCUGAUCGAGGUUCUAUGGAAGCAGGAUGUGGACAUGGGCUUCUCCCUAGAUCCUAUGCAGCCGGAGGGUCCUCAUGCGACCAAAGUGGAAUUAAAAGGCCAAAUCGAUAAAGAACUAAAAUUAGCCGAAGAGAACAUCCAGAAGAAGAAAGAAGAGACGGAGAAGAUAGAGAAGGUCAAAGCUUCUCUACUUGAACCGGAAAAGGAGGAUGACCCGUGGGCUGGACUCUCUUAUACUGUGGACACUGAAACCGGUGAAUACGUUAUUCAGGGUGAGUUACCUGAACAGCUUGUAACUGAAGAGUCAGGAUUUGAUCUUCUAGAAGAGGCCCUUCAGCUCGUAGAACUUGGAGACGAGGGUGACAAGAAGGAUGAACAGACUCAGGCGGUAGAGGGGAGCAGCGGUGCUAAUAUGCUGCAUCCGGCUAUGCGGCAUGUGCCGCACCACCCGCUCGCCCACUACCACAAUCAGUCGCUCAUGCGCUCUAUGUCAGUGGAACAGAGGUGGCAAGAUCUAGCGUCUCUCCUGACCAUCCCGCCGCCGCCGGACCAGUACCAGCACUACCAGCAUGCCCACGCCCACACCCACCCCCAUCCACACCCACACCCCCACUCCCACAAUAUUAGCCAUGGGGCAGCAGGUUAUGCUCCCAAUUACCACGCCCCAAUACCACCAGUUCCAGAAAAACACCAUGAGGCGUACGGCGCCGCCGCACCUAUCGAAAACGCAUAUAAAGUGGAAUCUGCUCAUCAUCCUCAACAACAUGAGCCUGUGUAUUACCAGAAUUCCACGUCAGAAAUGGCGCCACCGAAUCAGGAUGGGUUUCUUCAAUCCAUAUUGAAUGACGAAGACCUUCAACUGAUGGAUAUGGCUAUGAAUGAAGGCAUGUACACAAUGCGCAUGCUGGACGGUGCGUCGGCGACGCAUGUGCCACACAACCACACUCAAAUGCCGAUGACGAACGAGAGAGAUUCGGCGUCCGACAGUGCCGUUUCAUCAAUGGGCUCUGAGAGAGUUCCGUCUCUGUCCGACGGAGAGUGGUGUGACGGAAGUGAUUCAGCCCAAGAGUUCCAUAGUUCGAAGUUCCGACCUUACGAAGGCGCGUAUGGAAGAGACCGAGCGUCUCACGCUCCUCAGAAGAAACAUCAUAUGUUCGGAAAGAGAUGCUUCCAGGAACAAGCCACCCCCCCAACCCUCGAGCCCCUAGUCCCUCGACCACCAGUGGUCAAGUACGAGUGCGAACAAACGUACCACGAAAACAUGCAAAUGCAUAACGUGGAAUAUCCACCCCGUCACCAGAUCGUCCCACACGUGACCACGCUACAGUCGGCCAUCGACCUCAACACGCCGCACUCCAGUCACGCUCUUUUACAGAACGCAGUGCCAUCAGUGAGUCCCCCUCGUUUCGGGUUCGGUUCCGGGGAUAGAGUGCGACACAACCACACAUACAGUGCUCCCUUACCGCCCGCUGAAGCAAGGCAACAUACACGGGACAAACGAGUACGUCGUCUCACAGACGGCAGUACGUCGGACGCGGGGAGCGUCGCGGGGCAUCUCACGCGCGACGAGAAGCGAGCGAAGGCACUCGGUAUACCAUUAGAUGUACAAGAUAUAAUCAAUUUGCCAAUGGAUGAAUUCAACGAGCGCCUCUCCAAACAUGACCUGAGUGAAGCGCAACUCUCGCUUAUUAGGGACAUACGGCGAAGGGGGAAGAAUAAGGUGGCAGCACAGAAUUGUCGCAAACGCAAGUUGGAUCAGAUCACGACUCUCGCAGACGAAGUGCGCACAGUGAGGGACCGCAAGGCGUGCACUCAGCGGGACCAUCAUGCCCUUCUAGCUGAAAGGCAGAGGGUCAAGGAGCGGUUUGCUGCAUUAUACAGACAUGUGUUCCAGAACUUACGCGAUCCCGAAGGCCGGCCUCUAUCUUCUACUCAAUUCUCCCUACAACAGGCGGCCGACGGCAAUGUAGUGUUGGUCCCGAAAAUGCAUCAUGAUCACCCAAUGAACCGUUCGUCUGACGACGAAAUGGACAGGAAAGCUAAAAACUACGAACAG